AGCUAGACUUUGUAUUUCAUUUCAGUCAGAAAUUGUUAUCAGAUUCGUCCCGCACGUCACAAAAAAAAGCUACACAAAAUUCCUUGUUAAACGAAAAGUUUGGUUUAUGUUGUUCAAUAUGGAUAUUUUGAGGAAGUUAUCGAGGCCCGCCUGUCGUCCCAUGAUGCAGGCGUUCCGUUUCUAUUGUGAUAACCCCAAUCGCAACUUAAUAACAUUCCCCGUUGCUCAAAUCCAAGAGGGAAAAUCCAAGUAUAUGAUGGCAUACGUCUAUAUUCAUGGCGAAAUGGCUAACGCCAAAAUUGUAAUCCGUAGCAACGCCAGAGCCAAGUACCAUCUCGACGUCUAUGACGAGUUGCAAAAGGAGGCGUCGGAGAAGGGCUUGUGCACCCAAGGACUUGGCGGUGGGUAUAUGGUCCACGACCCGGAAAAGAAAUACAUGAAGCUCUAUGGCCGGUCCACGACCCUGGGCAAGGCCGACCACGAGAAUGCCCGUGAAGUACUGCAGCCCAGCUAUACCGAUCAUAAGAUUGAUGCCGAGUCCGGCGGCAUGGAGCCCUGAGUAAUCCUUUAGAUUUGGUAUUAUUCAUUUGGGACUCGGGGGAAUGAUUUUUCCAUUUUUGAAAAUUCUAG